AUGAAUUUGCAAUGUUUGUUUAGAUUAAGCCAUCUGGUUAUAUAGGUUAUAACAUCCUAUAGGAUGUUUAUGUUCGUUCAAAUCGCAUUUAUCCUUUGCCUUUGGUGUGGCGGAUUGGUCACGAAUGCACAAGACAAUGCCACUACUGGUGAUUCAUCAUCAGUUAUGACAACAUCUGGCCCAACAACAUCGACCCAAGGCACAGAAGCAACAGACGCUGAUGAUUCCAUGGUGGGUCUGAUUGUUGGUUGUGUUAUCGCCGCCGUAAUUGUUGUCGUUGUUCUUGUGGUAGUGUGCACUCGCUGUUGGAGGUGGAUAAUAGAACGAAAUUACACCAGUGCCGCAUGUGCUCUUCCGGCAUAUGACUCGCAUCCAAAUUUGACCCGUAUUACCCCCAAAGGAGGUUUGGCAAAGUCACACGAAUUCGUACUCACUAUCGGAGCUGGGUGUCUGGCUGAAGAUACAGAAAUCACGCUAAAAAAUUACGAGUGGCAUUUUAACUUCACAUCACUGGAAGACUUAAAGUUAGUCGAUGCUACGCCGCGCGUUGUCGAGUUCCUUCCAAAUGGCUUGAAAUUCCUGAAACCAGCACAACUUACAAUCCGACCUAUGCGGGUAGAAGUCUUGGAUCUUGAACUGUUUGUUCUACAUGGUUAUCACAGCGACAUUUAUGAUAAAGUCGUUUGGGAGCUGGUGAGCAGCGGCUUUUCGGGAAUUAACAAGGAAGAGAGAGGAACCAUCAAUGUGGAAAUUUACGCAUUUUGUUUUUUCAGUUAUAUUUUAGCGAAGCGCGGGAGAUUAGCUCGAAUCUUAAGUCAUUUAAAUCACUCGUUUACCUGCUGUGCUUAUGUCCUGCAUCGCAGACGACCAGCGGACACAAUGGAUAUUGUGGUUGUUAUUGUAAGUGAAUUUCUUGAUGAUGGUGAGGAAGGAGACAUCAAACAGUUAAAGAAUCAUAUUGGACAAGGCUACGAGAGAGGAGAGAAAGGAAGGUUUACGCGCGUCCACACAAAUCGUCGUCUUGUAAUGAGUUUAGUCAUUCCUGGUGUUGAAACCAACCCAUAUCGCUUCAAAAUCGACCGGUGUUUACUGGAUUCCAUUGGUUUUUCCGUCAAUCAUUUCAAAGGGAUUGCAAGUGAACAACGAGAAAAUAAGACGGUAAAGAUUAGCGAGGCCUGUGAAGGCGGUGAAUGUCUUUGGGAGCUGGAUGUUCAUGGGAGUGUGCAGAUCGCGCCUGAAGACGUUUAUGGGCAGCUCGAGCCGUCAGGAUCUCAACCACAAGCCGUUCAAAGGACCACAAAACUCACACAUGAUGAAGUAGAUGGAAUGCGCCGCAAAGUUGGGUUGGACUGGGACGGACUUGGUGGGCUCAUGGAUAUCCCGUACGAGAAACGUGAGGAAAUCAGACUGAACGUCAAUUAUCCAAAAUUUUCUUCCAAGGCAGGCCAAAUAUUAAUACUUCUCAACAAAAGCGAAGAUUUUUGUCGUCAUGCUGUUAGAAAAUGUCUGGAAGAGUUGGGGCGACACGAUGUCAAAGACAAAAUGCUUCCCAUGGAUGACGAGACAGAAGGUGGAAGUGCGGAGAUAAUAAAUUCCCAACCCAAAGACCCUGAAGCCGACGAGUUACAAAACACUCCUCUCUCCCCUCGUGAAAUGUUCAGACUUAGCCAGCGCAUCGCUGUCCACUGGGACAUGCUUGCGGGUCUUAUGGGUAUAAACAGUGCUGAACGAGAUGAGAUUAGAUGCAACCAGAUUUUAUAUCAAGAUAACCGCACUAGGGCUGAAAAGAUUUUGUCGAUUUUCAGCCGAAACUUCUCGCGAGAGAGGUUGGCUGACUUCUUGAACGAGAUUGGUCAAGACGAGUGGGUGGAACCAAUUUUAACAGGAAAAUGGAGAAUCUUGUGACAAACGGAUCAACAUUUUUGAGGUGCCUGUAUGCACAAUCGGCUGUAUAAAUUUCCUAUAAUACCGUUUGGGUUCGACAGUUUUUUUUACGGUAACAUCAGAUACCGUAUCAGCUAGGUCAUCAGAUAGGUCAUAAGUUGGAUAGGAUAUAGAUAAUAAUCAUAGCGUAGUUGUUAUCCUGAUAACUGAUAAGGUCCGUGAAGAUUCAAUUCUGUCCGAUCCAAUUCGCAUCUGAUAUUGAUGAAGCAGUGUGUCUUUAGUUGGUUCAGCUGCCAAUUGAUAUUGAAAGGCUGAGUCAACGGACUGUAAAACAUCCAUUGGUAGUAAAUUGGAUCGUGAUCUGAAGGAUUAUUACGUUUGCUAUAUUAGUUAAUUAGUAUAUAGCUAUAUGAGAGCACCUCAAAACUAUAUAUAUAGGC